AUGAUGCGUGUACUAGAUGGCUUGCGAGAUGGAGAGCCGGUUGACCGCAGUUCCAGCCCCGGCUUCAAUACAAAUCAUUCGAAGCGCCAGAAAAUUGUAAUCGUUGGCUUGGGCAUGGUGGCCAUUUCUUUGAUCGAGAAAAUCAUCAAGCAGGACACCCAGCGACAGUAUGACAUUGUUGUUAUUGGUGAAGAGGCACACGUCGCAUAUAAUCGUGUAGGCCUAUCAUCAUUUUUUGAACAUCGCAAAAUUGAAGACCUUUACCUGAAUUCUAAAGAAUGGUAUGGCUCAAUCAAAGAAAGAGCUUUCGAUUACCACCUCAAUACUCGAGUUACGGAGAUCAACCCCAGAGAAAAAACGGUUCGAACGUCAAUCAACCAUACUAUCGCCUACGAUAUUCUCGUACUCGCCACUGGCUCCGAUGCUGUCCUCCCUACUCAGACCCCCGGCCACGAUGCCAAGGGAGUCUUCGUGUAUCGAACCAUUUCUGAUCUCGAGCGUCUGAUCGAUUUCGCAUCACAAAACAAAGGCAAGGCUGCUGCGACAGUUGGAGGUGGUUUAUUAGGCCUGGAAGCUGCCAAGGCUCUGACAGAUCUCCAGGACUUUGGAAACGUCAAAUUGAUUGAUCGCAACAAGUGGGUGCUUGCACGACAACUAGAUGCUGACGCAGGAAACUUGGUCACUCGCAAAAUUCGAGAGCUAGGACUCGAGGUUCUGUUUGAAAAACGAGUUGCGGUUGUCAAUACCGAUUCUGACAAUAAUGUGACUGGUAUCACCUUUGAAGAUGGGCAGCAGAUCGAUUGCUGCUGUAUAUGCUUCGCUAUCGGAGUCAAACCGAGAGAUGAAUUGGGACUUUCGGCUGGAAUCCAAUCCGCAGGGCGGGGCGGCUUUGUUAUUGACGAGAGUCUUCAAACCUCAAUACCAGACAUAUAUGCAGUAGGCGAAUGUGCCAGCUGGGAGAACCAAACCUUUGGAAUCAUUGCUCCUGGAAUUGAAAUGGCAGAUGUACUGGCAUACAACCUUACAAACCCCGACAAACCCCGCAGACAAUUUACUCGACCCGAUUUGAGCACGAAACUGAAACUUCUCGGAGUUGAUGUCGCCUCUUUUGGAGACUUCUUUGCAGAUAGAGAUGGGCCGAAAUUUCUUCCUGGUGAUCGGCCCUCCAUUGAGACCGGAUUUACUGAUAAAUCGCAAGAGGAUGAACUUCCUGUGAAAGCUUUGACGUACAAAGAUCCAUUUGGCGGUGUCUACAAGAAGUAUCUGUUCACUAUGGAUGGAAAAUACUUACUUGGUGGUAUGAUGAUCGGAGACACUCGAGAUUAUCUCAAAUUGAACCAAAUGGUGAAAGGCCAGAAGGUCCUCGAGGUUCCACCCAGUCAAUUCAUUCUUGGCGCUCAAAAAGAUGGCGAUGAGAAUGCAGAUGAUCUCGAUGACGAUACCCAGAUUUGCUCGUGCCACAAUGUGACUAAAGGCGAUGUCGUUGAGAAUGUCAAAAACGGAACCUGCACAACUAUCAACCAAGUCAAAUCCUGUACUAAAGCAGGAACUGGAUGUGGUGGCUGUAUGCCAUUGGUGCAAUCCAUAUUCAACAAGACAAUGCUUGAAAUGGGACAUGAAGUUUCGAAUCAUCUUUGCUCGCAUAUUCCAUACUCUCGGGCAGAUCUCUAUAAUAUCAUGGCAGUCAAACAACUCAAGACUUUUGUCGAGGUUAUGCAAGUAGCUGGAAAUCGACCAGAAUCUCUCGGAUGCGAAGUAUGCAAACCUGCCAUCGGAUCGAUUCUGUCCAGUCUCUUCAACCCACACGUCAUGGAUAAAGGUUAUAACGAGUUACAAGACACAAACGACAAGUUUUUGGCAAACAUUCAGAGAAAUGGAACUUUCUCUGUUGUGCCUCGAGUUCCUGGCGGGGAGAUCAGUGCCGACAAAUUGAUUACAAUCGGCUCCGUGGCGAAGAAAUACGGGCUGUAUUGCAAGAUCACGGGAGCUCAGCGCAUUGAUAUGUUUGGAGCGAAGAAACAAGAUUUAUUGAACAUUUGGUCUGAGUUGGUCGAUGCGGGAUUGGAGAGUGGUCAUGCAUAUGCGAAGGCGCUUCGUGCCAUUAAGAGCUGCGUUGGAACGACAUGGUGCCGUUUCGGUCUCAGUGACAGUGUUGGCAUGGCGAUUCGACUAGAGGAAAGAUAUAAGAGUAUUCGAGCACCUCAUAAAUUCAAGGGUGCUGUGUCUGGCUGUGUACGUGAAUGUGCUGAAGCGCAAAAUAAAGACUUUGGUCUUAUCGCGACCGAGAAAGGCUUCAAUAUCUUUGUUGGCGGAAAUGGAGGUGCAAAGCCUCGUCACUCAGAGUUGCUCAUCAAGGACGUUCCACCAGAGAUGAUCAUUCCGAUCAUUGAUCGAUACCUCAUAUUCUACAUUCGCACGGCCGACAAGCUGCAAAGAACAGCUAGAUGGAUUGAGAAUCUUCCAGGUGGUAUCGCCUACCUGCGAGAGGUUAUUCUCGAUGACAAACUCGGAAUAUGUGCCGACAUGGAAAGACAGAUGCAAGAACUUGUGAAAAGCUAUUUCUGCGAGUGGACAGAAACAGUCAAAGACCCGAAACGACGCAAGAACUUCCAACAAUUUGCGAACACAGACGAGACUUUAGAAACAGUCGAAGUUGUUCAGGAGCGCUCACAGGAACGUCCCACAUAUUGGCCACAAGAUUCAGCAACCGAAGACUUCAAAGGCCAUGAAUGGAGCAGUCUCGUUUGGCAUCCUGUGGUUCAAGCAAACCACUUCUCCGAUGAGCCGCCCCAGGUUUCAUCGGCCAAUGUCAAGCGAGGAGAUACUCAGCUCGCAGUAUUCAAGAUCAAAGGGAAAUUCUACGCAACACAGCAGAUGUGUCCUCAUAAACGUGCAUUUGUGUUGUCUGAUGGACUGGUUGGUGAUGAUGAUGCGGGGAAGUAUUGGGUCUCUUGUCCCUACCACAAACGCAACUUCGAGCUCAACGGUGAGCAGGCAGGUCGUUGCUCAAAUGAUGAAAGUAUGAAUAUUGCUACAUUUCCGGUUGAAGAGAGGGAAGAUGGUUGGAUUUAUAUCAAGCUACCCCCAGUUGAAGAGUUGGAUUCUGUUCUUGGUACUGAGAAAUGGAAAGUCAAGAAGGGGGAGGCCCCAGAUCCUUUCCAGAAGAUGGAUAAGAGGUACAAGGGAAUGAAGGGCAAGAAGGUGGCGGAUGGUGAAGUAUUGAAUAAACCUGCAGUACAACCAGCAAACGGUAUUGACUGGUAG